GGCUGCCUGAAAGCGACUAUCAGUUGCGAGAGAGUGAGAGGGCUUGAAGUGAAGCCAAUAGGGAAAGAGGAAGGACCAUAAACAGCUGCUCCCUUCUUUCCCCCCCCCAUGCAGAGACAGCAAGAGGAACCCGAUGAAGUGAGAAGGCGGAUGACAGGAGGGUCUGUGCCUGAGUGCGACGGGGAGUGUCGCCUUUGAGGGUCUUCAGACGUAGAGGAAGGUGCUGGCAUGUAGAAUGGGAGACGGGAGGUGCUGAGUGUGCACCCGCUUGCUUUGAGAGUGAGGAAAGCCGGAGUGCGAGAGGACUUGGAAGAGUGAGAAAGAGUUGUAAAAAGAGCAGCGAGAAGAAGUCAUCUGUCAGAGGAGCAGGAGUUGGACAUGGGCUGUGAAGCUUUGAGAAGUUCUCUUCUGGUGACUCAACUUCAGCGGUGAACGGAAUUGAUGACCAGGGCCACCAAAGACUGCAAACAUGGGCUGCAUUCACAGCCUGGCCAGCAGAAUUAAAGAAGCUGACCCCGAGGGUACCCCUCUAAAGACCGACCCCGAGGUGCUCCCCGAGAUCCUGCAGCUUGUGGAGAGAAGCAGAGGGAGGCUGCGUACGUGUGCCAGUGUGCAGACUGGACAGCUCAGAGAGAGAGGCAAGGACUGAAGCUCCUUGUGAGAGGUGUCCACCACCUGUGCCUCAACACCAGACCAGCUCAAUUCCAUGAAAUCUGCAUCACUGAAGAAAAGAAGCUCCAUGCCGAGAAGUAAAAGUGAGGAGCAAGUCAUGGAGCAGGUGAUGGAGCGCCACUACGAUAUUGACCUCACCUAUAUCACGGAGAGGAUCAUCUCGGUCUUCUUCAUGCCUGAGCUUGAAGAACAGCGAUACCAUGGGGAGCUGCAGGAAAUGGCGACCAUGCUUAAAUCCAAGCACCAAGACAAGUUUCUGCUUUUAAAUUUAUCAGAGAAGAGACACGACAUGACAAGACUCAUCCCAAAGAUCCAGGACUUUGGAUGGCCCGAUCUCCACGCUCCACCUUUGGACAGGAUCUGUACUGUAUGUAAGGCUAUGGAGAUGUGGCUUAGCGCUGAUCCGAAUAAUGUAGCGGUUCUCCACUGUAAGGGAAACAAAGGGAAGACGGGGGUCAUUGUGGCGGCCUACAUGCACUACAGCAAGAUCUCGGCAGGAGCGGACCAGGCGCUCACCACGCUGGCCAUGAGGAAGUUCUGCGAGGACAAAGUUUCUUCUUCCCUUCAGCCCUCUCAGAACAGGUACAUCUACUACUUUGGUGGCCUGCUCUCCGGUGCCAUUAAAAUGAACAGCAGUCCUUUGUUCCUUCAUCAGAUUCUUAUUCCAUCACUGCCAAAUUUUCAGACGGGAGGAGGUUACUUUCCAUUUCUGAAGCUCUACCAAUCGCUACAGCUGAUCUACACUUCCUGCGUCUACAACCCUCAGACCUCGAGGUCCAGAAAGUUGUGUGUGACCAUGGAACCGGCGUUAUUGUUAAAGGGGGACAUUCUGGUCAAGUGCUAUCAUCGACGGAGCCAGGCAGCAGAGAGAGAAGUGGUGUUUAGGAUCCAGUUCCACACGUGCACCAUUCAUGGCGCCCAGCUGUGGUUUGGUAAGAAGGACCUCGACGUAGCUUGCACAGAUGACAGGUUCCCUCGUGAUGCUGCAGUGGAGUUUAUCUUUUCUAGCAGCCCAGAAAAAAUAAACGAAAACCAAAAGACAGAUGCCUCCAUCAAAAUGAACUACAACAAAUCAGAUCCGGUAGUCCAAUGGGAUUCUUAUGAGAACUUGAACCUGCACCAUCAAGACAGCCCAGGGAAUAUUUCUCAUACCCGGGGCCCUCUGGACGGUAGUCUGUACGCACAAGUGAGAAAACGCAGAGGACCGGCCCCGACUUCCUCACCCAACGGAUGCCUCAGCAGCAGCCCAACGGUGAAGACACAGAUUGCCAGCCAGCCGCAAACUCUCACCAGCACUUCCGGCUGCGUCCCCUUUACUUCCCAUCCCGAAAGCGAGACGACUGAAAGUCUGACGGGAAAAGGAGAAAGGGCAACAAGAGAGCGUGCACGAGACAAAGACGGAGAGACGGAGAUUUUAGACGAAGCAAACCGGUCAAGUACGGGUGGAUUAAGGCGAGAACACUCAUGUUGCGGUCGAGCAGGUAUCAAGUGUGGAGGGGUGGGGCGGAAAUGGGAGGAAGAGCCGUGCCUAUCCAACGGUCACUGUGCUGGAUGCCGCAACAGUAUUAAAAAACAUCCCAAAAGCCAAACCCUGCCGACCUUAGCGACCAAAUCCGUGUCACCUCCACCUCAUUUGACUCAUAUGGAACUCUGUCAUCGCCAUAGUGUCCAUCCUCUGCCCGCGUGGGAACAGCCGGCCCCAUCUGCACCUUGUCUCCACAGAUCGUGCUUCCCUUAUUCCGCUUCCGAGCAUGGUCACACCCUUCCAGCUUUGAACAGACACUACAAUGAUGAAUGCCAAGGCUUCCAUUAUGCCAGCCAAAACCCCAUCGCUCACCUUUCCCACCAGUCACUCCAUUCAAGCCCAUACCGAGAGAUGUUCUUCAGUCCUCCAAAUCAAUGUCCUUGCCGAGAUUGCUCCAGCAGGCGGGAGCACCAAGCGGCCUCGGUCAGACUGCUCCAUCCGAUGCAUCCGGACCAGGCGGUGGGAUUACAACGGACUAGAGAGGCAUUGUGGGAAAGUAAAAACCCGUGGGAAGUGCCAGGAGAAGCUGACUUCUGGCAGUGUAAAGCAGCCGUGCCACCAUAUCACGGCUGUCACUCUGCUGCUUUAAAACAGGGAGCGGAGCAGCAAAGGUUUGUCCUUGGACCUCACCAGAAUUAUCCCAGCCCCCAGCCUAUGGUGGACACGCGGGACGGAGUCAGCAGUGGAUACCACAGCCCUCCUCCGCCCCCACGACAAUCUUGCCCCUGCUCUCCUUAUCAAUCAUCUCCCGUCGAGAGCCAUGAGAGUCGAGGUUAUGCUUCAGGUUACCUCUCUGGGUCAGCCUCUCCUCUGCCUGCCAGUAGCCCCUCCCUUGGGAGAGAAAUACUUGCAGCAACCCCUCCAGAAGCCAAAGAUCAUCAGAAUGAGCAUCUCAAAGCGGAAAAGACCGCAGCUAGUGCAGAGGUCGACGUAUCGCGGAGUUCAGAGGGUAAACGUAAUAGAUCAAGCACCCAGACUCUGGAUUCUGAUCAUGACUAUACAGUCAUUGGUGGCGGCAGCCCCACACACACAGAUGACAGUUUAAGUCAAGACGCCUCACUCGCACUGGAGUUCAACACAAAUGGAAGCAAAACACUUUUAAUAGCAGAGGCAGAAGAGCAAUCCCCAAGUCCUGAAGUAACACCGCCGUCAAGUGAACCUCCUCACAGUCGUACAUCUGAUGGAAAGAAACUUGAGGAACUAAAAGUCAAAGAAAAUAACGAGGAUACCAAUCAGUCUCAAAGUACCACUAUCAUCUUCACCCUGGUGCAAGACCACCUCAACGGCUCAAAUGCGCCGAGUGACGGCCCAUCCUCCUGCAGCGCGACACACGUUGCCGGUCCGAGCUCUUCCAACAACUCCUCACAAAUUUCUCCAAGUGAGUCCCCAUGUCGCAGCUCCCCAUCGGCGACAGAGCUUCGCCUAACGCCUGAGAGAGACAGCUCCACUGACCCCGCCAAACCACCGUCCCCUGUGCCUGAUGGUUACCACACGCCAACGUUCCCCCUCGCACCUUAUUACUACCCGUUACUAAGUGUCCCACGUGUCCCUUACACUGGCUACACCGCAAUCACAAUCCCAGCCGCUCAGCCGCCACUCCCGGAGAAGAAACGACUUUCAGGGACACCGGGAUCGCUUAACGGGCACACUUCUCAUCUACGAGCCUCUCCGGCGCCUUCCCCCAUCCACAAUAUGGCUUUGUCCCCAAUUUCGGCAGAGCAGAAACAGUAUAGCAGCAGCAGGGAGGACAUCAGGGUCAACGCUAAGUUUGUCCAAGAUAGUUCCAAGUACUGGUACAAACCAAGCAUCUCCAGAGACCAAGCCAUCGCAGUGUUGAAGGACAAGGAACCGGGAACUUUCCUCAUCAGAGACAGUAAUUCCUUCCAAGGUGCCUACGGCCUGGCCCUCAAAGUGGCCACACCUCCUCCUAAUGCCAACAUCACUGGAAGCAAAGCAGAUGUCCUGGAACAGCUCGUGAGACAUUUCCUCGUUGAGACAGGACCGCGAGGUGUCAAAAUCAAGGGCUGUCAGAAUGAAGCAUAUUUUGGGAGUUUGUCUGCCCUGGUGUAUCAACAUUCAAUCACACCCAUCUCUUUGCCGUGUGCCCUUCGUGUCCCAGAAAGAGAUCUGAUCGGCGAUCUUCAGGAGAUACGGACCGUAACAAACACAAGCACGGCGGCCGACCUCCUUAAACAGGGAGCAGCUUGCAACGUUCUCUAUCUGAACUCGGUGGAAACGGAAUCAUUAACGGGACCGGAAGCCGUUUCCAAAGCAACCAAAAGUACACUGGCUCUGAGUCCACGUCCUGCUGCAACAAUGGUCCAUUUUAAAGUUUCCUCUCAGGGCAUCACUCUGACUGACAGCAAAAGAAGAUUAUUUUUCCGGAGGCACUACCCCAUCAGCAGUGUGACUUUCAGCAGUCUUGACCCCCAAGACCAGAGAUGGACUAACAGUGAUAGCACGUCCAGCAAGAUGUUUGGUUUUGUUGCCAGGCGGACGGGCAGCGCCACAGAGAAUGUGUGUCACCUUUUUGCAGAGCUGGAUCCAGAGCAACCUGCAGUGGCUAUUGUUAACUUUAUCAAUAAAGUUAUGCUCGGACCACAGCUACGCCGAUGAAACAUCUGAAAACAUUUUGAGGGCAAGAGGGAGGUCUACAAAAGUUACAUAUACUACGGCGCAAAAAACACACACGAGCGUGGAUUUUGUUUUGAUUUGGGUUUUUUUAAACAGUCAUGUUGUAAGUUAAAGUUUUACCAAAGAGGAUCUCUAAUUCUUCCGAUUGUGUGGAAUUGAUUGUUGAUCAAUAGUGGAUUUAUGUUCCAUUACGUCUCAGUUAAAGAGAAGAAAGGUUACAAAUAAUUAGAUUUUUAAUUGUGAGCAGGAUUACACACAAAAAAAAUCGUGACGUUUACAUAUUGGAGCCACUGUACAGUGCACAGAAUCUUAUAGCCCGGCCCAUAUUUUCAUCAAUCUUCAUGAACCAAAUGACAAACUCAGUCACACACUGCCAUAAAUGUAUCAACCAAUUCAAAGAGAGAAUAUAUUAACAUUUUUGUGACUGGAAAUCACAACUUCAUGCCUUAAAGCUGAAACGUUUCACAAUCUGGGAAACAUGUCACGCCGCUAAGGUCAUUUUCAACAGAGACAUUACCUCACUUUCUCCAUGCCUCGGAAGGACCACACAUUGGUCCUGACCUGGUUGGUUUGUUUUUAUUUUCACAAGACAACCAAGAUUCUUGGAAAAACACCCCAAAAUAAAAAUAAAAAACCAACCAAAGACAUAAAAUGUAAAAAUAUAUUUCAAGUUUGUUUUUUAUUUUUUAUUUCCACCCGUGUGUUUGCGUGUGUUUUUUUUACAAACAGUGUAAUUUCAGUGAGCACAAAUGCAAUUUUCAUAAUGUUUGUCCUUAAUAGAAGUAAUAUAUUUUAUGCCUCUGAAGAAGAACUGUGUGAAAUAAAAUUCUACAAAAAUACACACAA